UAAAACCCUAAACCUCUGCGUAACCUGAACCGGUGAGUUCCUCAGCUGCAUCUCGAUUCGAUCGAGCAAAAGCCAUCGUGACGGAGAGAGAGAGAGAGGGCGAGUUCAUGGCUCUCGUUCGAUUUAUCUAUUCUCGGAAGCUUUCUCAAUCUUUAUGCAGGACAAAUGUUGAGCUGACACGCAUUGGAUCAAUUCGAGCUGCCUUCUUCUCGACUCAGAAGCUCAUAGGCGAUGAACCAGUACUUGUUAGAGAUUUCAUACACAGAGCACUGUAUGAUGCAAAACACGGAUACUUCUCUCAAAGAUCGCAAUCUGUUGGGGUUCUUGAGAGAAGCAUUAAGUUCAACCAGCUUGAAGGGAGAAAGGCGUACAUGAAACUAUUGGAGAAAGUUUACAAGCAGAGUGACAUUUCUUGGUUUACUCCUGUGGAGCUCUUCAAGCCUUGGUAUGCUCAUGGGAUUGCAGAAGCUAUACUACGAACCACCAAUCUCUCAGUUCCUUUAAAGAUAUAUGAAAUCGGCGGUGGAUCCGGAACCUGUGCGAAGGGUAUAUUGGACUACAUAAUGUUGAAUGCUCCUGAGAGAAUCUACAAUAACAUGAGCUACACAUCUAUAGAAAUCAGUCCGUCACUGGCUAAGAUUCAAAAGGAAACUGUUGCCCAAGUUGGAAGUCAUCUAUCAAAGUUCCGAGUUGAAUGCCGUGAUGCAUCUGACCUAUCUGGAUGGAGGAAUGUGGAGCAACAACCAUGCUGGGUGAUAAUGCUCGAGGUGCUAGAUAAUCUCCCACAUGAUCUUGUCUAUUCCCAAAGCCAACUUUCCCCAUGGAUGGAAGUCUUGGUUGAAAAUAAACCGGAGAGCGAAUCACUCUCUGAGCUAUACAAGCCUUUAGAGGAUCCACUGAUCAAGCGCUGCAUUGACAUUGUUGAACACGAAGCUCCUCCGGUUUCAAAACCAAAAGAAAUCUGGUCAAAACUGUUUCCCAAACCUAGGCGUUGUUGGCUUCCAACAGGUUGUUUGAAACUGCUGGAGGUUUUACAUGAAAAGCUACCAAAGAUGUCCCUAAUCGCUUCUGACUUUAGCUUCUUGCCGGACGUGAAAGUUCCUGGUGAAAGAGCCCCAUUGGUUUCAACAAAGAAAGAUGGAUCUAGCUCAGAUUACAGUAGUUAUCUGGACGCCAAGGGUGAUGCUGAUAUAUUUUUCCCAACUGACUUUUGGCUUUUGGAACGAAUGGAUCAUUAUUGUUCUGGCUGGAGGAAGACUGAGAAAGACGGGACACCAUCGAAAAAAGGAAGGAAAAGGCGAACUCUCACUCUGGAUACAUCAGCAUUCAUGGAUGAGUUUGGUUUACCUUCAAAGACGAGAACAAAGGACGGAUACAACCCGUUACUUGAUGACUUCAAGAACACUAAGUUCUAUCUUAGUGUCCCAACACACAACACUAAGUAAAGCAAAGAGGUACCAUCAGCUCAUAGAACGUCUGAUUUUUGCAGAAGAUUAAAUGCCUUUUGGUAAAGGAGUCAGAGAUUACAAAUGAAAGAUUUUUUAAACAUUUGUUUCUCUUUUUGUAAUAAUUUUAUAUCAAGUUCAAUCAAGAUUCCCUCUGUGCAAUGAAAAGAGCACACGAACAUGAUUACUGGAGCACAUUUGAGAAACUCUGAGAACCAGAGAGAUUUUAUU